CAAAACUUCUCCUCUUGCGUUAAUUAUCAAUACCUCCAAAUAUUAUUAUUUGUCUCCUUUUCUCUUUCUAAUUUUACACUUCUUUGGAUUCAUCCAUAGCCAUGAUUAGCAUUACUACUUGAGACAGAUUUAAUUCUUUAUCAUUUUCAUUUGCCGAAUUAUCCCCAUAACAAACUGAGAAUUUUCCAGCUUUUUCUCAAGUUCUACACUUCAGUAGUGAAACAUAAUUCUGAACUCAAAAAAUAAUCUCUUGAGAUUUCUUCCUUGUAUCACUCCUAAAUUGAAAAUUUUAUUUGGAUUUUGCUUAUAUAUUUCUUGCCUUUAUCUCCUCUGAUAUUUUUCAAGAUUCUGCAAAGGUAAGUCUUGUCUUCAAGAUUCUUCAAUUUAUGCUGUGUGAAAAACGCAGUAUUCUGAUUCCCAGUAAAUGAUUCUGAUUUCAAUGCAUUUCGGAUCAUUGUAAAAUUCCAAAUUCUUUCUGCAUACUCCAUAUAUCUUUAAGUCCCAUAACCUUCAAUGCUUGUGAUAAGAAUCCCACGAUAGUGAACUGCCAAACUAUAGCUAUAUUGAGGGUUUACUCUCUAAGACGCGUGCAAGGUUUCCCCGGCCCUGGUUUAGGGAUUUUUACGCAUGGAAACUUUGUUUCCAGCUUCAUUCAUAUCGAAUUCGAGUUUGUUGAUGCAACAAAGGAAAAACCCAAUAUGGACAAAAGAAGAAAACAAGCAAUUUGAGAGUGCACUUGCAGUGUUUGAUGAAAGUACUCCCAAUAGAUGGGUUAUGGUGGCUGCCAUGAUCCCUGGAAAAUCAGUUUGUGAUGUGAUAAACCAGUACAAAGAACUGGUGGCAGAUGUCAGUAAUAUAGAAGCUGGUUUGGUCCCAAUUCCUGGAUACUUGAACUCUUCUUUUACAAUGAAAAUACCCGAUAAUCACAGUUUUGAUGUGUAUAGGAAGAGAAGCAGGUCUUGCAAUCAAGAAAGAAAGAAAGGUGUACCAUGGACAGAGGAGGAGCACAGACUUUUCUUGUUGGGACUUCAAGAACAUGGCAGAGGGGAUUGGAGGAACAUUUCGCGAAAUUUUGUUAUUUCUAAGACACCUACUCAAGUUGCAAGCCAUGCUCAAAAGUACUAUCUAAGGCAGCUUUCAGGAGGGAAAGAUAAGAGGAGGCCAAGUAUCCACGAUAUAACAUCAGUUCACUUCACAAACAAUUGCUCCUCUGAUAAUAUAAAAUCUCCAUCAUCUGAUAAUUCUUCUUCGGUCACGGUACAGAAGUCCAUUGGCACUCCAAAAAUACUACUCAACUGGAAUCACAAAAAUAAUGGAGCUUCAAUGUUUUUUGACUCGGCAUAUGAUAAUCCAUUAACUAAAUUUUCAUAUGAUAUUGCCUCGCAUUCUACCUGUAUAGUUAACACCGGUGCUGCCAAUCAAAGUUUCCAGUUCCCGUUCCAAUCCAAAAGAUAUCUUGAGUGAGAAAGAAACAUCUGGUCUGGUCAGUAUAUCGAGAUGCCCAAUAUGGAUUUUGUUAAAAGUAAAAGUGAUUACGUCCUGGUGUUAUUUACUGCUGUGGCAGCCUUAUGUACACUAUAUGCUUGAUGAAGCAAUGUAUAAUUUUGCAUGUACAGAUGAAAUUUGUGAAGUUAAGCAACAUUAUUGAAAUGUUAGAUCCCUGUUUCAUUCAUUUUGUUCA